GGCAAGCGCAUGGUAGUGGGGCGCUACGAGGUGGAGGCCGUGCAGUACCUGGGCGAAGGAGGCUCGUCCUUCAUCUUCCUGGUCAAAGAUGUGCGCGCGCCGCCGACUGCUGCGCCUCUCGUGCUCAAGCGCCUCGUGGCGCACAACGAGCAGACGGCCGACUGGAUCGCGAGCGAGAUUCGACUGCAUCAACGGCUGAGCCACCCGCAGGUGGUGCAGUUCGUGUCCUCGCAGACCAGCAAGGCCAGAGGUGACAAGAGCGAGGUCUUCAUCCUCAUGGAGUACUGCCCCGGUGGGCACCUGCAGGAGAACAUGGUCAAGAUGGGCACCAAGCGCUUCGCGCAGCACGAGCUGCUGCGCACAUUCAGAAGCCUCUGCGAGCCGGUUGCUAUGCUGCACGCGCAUAAUCCGCCGAUUGCGCACCGCGAUCUCAAGCUCGAGAACUUCCUGCUGGGGAAGGAAGGCGUGUACAAGUUGUGUGACUUCGGGUCGUGUGUGGAAGGCCCACAGUCGCUCGCUACCAAGGCGGAUCGCAUGCGCGAAUCCGAUAAUGUGUCCAAGCGCACGACCGCCAUGUAUCGCUCACCCGAGCUGGCUGAUGUGGAAGGAACCGCCAUGUUCGGCUCGGGUGAACUGACGGAGGCUGUGGAUGUCUGGGCCAUGGGCUGUGUGCUCUACAGCAUGGCGUUUUUCAAGUCGCCCUUCCCGCUCGAAGGACUGCGCACCGACCGCUACACGAUCCCUUCGAACUCGCCGUACUCGCCGGACGUGCACGCCAUCAUUGCGCGCAUGCUCACGGCUGAUGUGGAGAAGCGUGCCACCAUCGAGCACGUCAUG